AUGGAACUCUCAAUAAUACCGGCCGUGGUGGGUACAGUCCUCUUUUUUCUUGUAACUUUCUUCUUUUUCUCCACCGCGAGAACUCGGAGCUACGGCAGCAACGGCCAAGGCUCACUUCCGCCGGGUCCUCCGGGACUGCCAUUGGUCGGAAACAUAUUCCAACUCGGCUUCAAUCCUCACCAAUCACUUGCUGUCUUUUCGAAAACGUAUGGACCUAUAAUGAGUUUAAAGUUUGGAAGGUUAACCGCAGUGGUUAUAUCUUCACCAGAAGCAGCCAAAGAGGCACUUAAAACACACGACCAUGUCUUGUCUGCUCGAACCUUUAACGAUCCGGUUCGAGCCUUUGAUCACCAUAAACAUUCCGUUGUCUGGAUUCCUGCGUCGGCUCGUUGGAGGUUUUUUAAGAAGAUAAUAGUGCAAAAUUUGUUAUCGCCGCAAAACCUAGACGGGAUUCAGUCUAUAAGGACGAGAAAGGUGGAGGAACUUGUGAGCUUAGCACACGAAUUUUGCGAGAGAGGAGAGGCUAUUGACAUGGCUCGUGCUUCCUUCGUCACAGCUUUCAAUAUAAUCUCAAAUGCUUUGUUUUCCGUUGAUUUGGCCACUUAUAACUCUAUCUCGUCGUCUUUCGAGUUCCACAAAACGGUGUUUCACCUUUUGGAAAUCUAUGGGAAACCCAACGCUGGAGACGUUUUCCGGUUUCUGAGGUUUCUUGACUUACAAGAGGCCUCAAGUAUCGAUAUGUUAGAUGCCCUUCUCGAUAUUACAGAGCAAAACGAAGAAGAGUUCACCAUGAAUGAUAUGAAACACAUGUUUCUCGACGUGUUUGUUGCGGGCACGGAUACAAACUCUAGUACAAUGGAGUGGGCAAUGUCGGAGUUACUCCGUAAUCCAGAGAAGAUGGUCAGAGCUCAGAGUGAGAUACGACAAGUUGUAGGUGACAAUGGUGUGGUUCAAGAAUCUGAUAUCCCGAAGCUGCCUUACUUGCUAGCAAUUGUGAAAGAGACUCUUCGUUUGCAUCCUCCAGCUCCUUUGAUCCCUCGAAAAUCUGAUGUCCAAAUCUUCGGUUUUCUCGUUCCAAAGAACACACAGGUUUUCGUGAACCUAUGGGCGAUGGGACGAGACUCAAGCGUGUGGGAGAAUCCAAUGAAGUUCGAGCCAGAGAGGUUCUUGCUACGAGAAAUCGAUGUAAAAGGCAAAGAUUUCGAGCUGAUACCGUUUGGAUCAGGAAGAAGGAUGUGUCCGGGAAUCUCAAUGUCAUUGAAGACAACGCCUAUGGUGCUUGCCUCUCUUCUCUAUUCCUUUGACUGGAAACUUCAAGACGGUGUCGUCCCAGGAAACAUGGACAUGAGUGAAGUCUUCGGUCUUACUUUACAUAAAGCCAAACCUCUCUAUGCUGUACCCAUCAAGAAACCUACUACAUCAUCGUCUUAG